AUGACUGCCAAUAUUCGUGCCUUGCUGCUGCUGAUUCUCGCGUUGUUUGUAGCGUCGUCAAAUGCCGAUCGGGAGGGGCACCACGUGCGGAAGCGCCUUUUGAGCCCGGUAAAUUCGGAUCCCCCGGUGUCGGCGAUCUGGGAGUGCGAGCUGGACGAGCCGUUUUGGAACGAGACGCUCGAAUUCGCCUUGGACGAGGCCAGGCGCGCCACUGGCCGUAUCUCGGAGUGUUGCAUAUUCCACGAGCGCUGCUACCACUAUCAACGCGGGCGGACUUGGUGUGACGAGGAUGUUUGUCGCUGUGUCCACAAGGCUAUUCAGAAAUCCGAAGGCCCCGGUGUGGCUCUAGCAAAGUGGAACGGGCUGCAAUGCGCCGAAAAGCUGGCCAAUUCGACGAGCGCCGAGCGGACGUACGCGAUCGUGGCCAAACGCCGCGAGGCGGAAGCUGAGAAUUGCGACCUGGACUGCCGUCGUUCGUUCGGCAUCUCGAUUUUCGUGGGCACGCUCGUGUUCGUCAUCUUCCUCCUCAUCAUCUUCUGCGCAAUCACCCGUCCCUCCAAGAUGGAGCGCGUCAAGAAGGAAAUGUUCUACCGCCAGCUGCAGACGGGCGGCCCGGAUUCCAGCAUCGGUCACGAGCCUCUGGUCAAGCCGCGCAUUUGC